GCCUCCCGGCUUGGGAUUGGUCGAAAAGGAGGGGCGUGGGGCGGACGUGGGGGCGGUUCCCCCGCCCAGUCCCUCCUCUCACCCGGCCCGGUUUUCAAGGCGGGCUGUAACUGGUGGCAUUUGUCCCGGGACCAGGUCCACAGUUUUAUGUGUGAGCAAGAUGGAGGCUGACCCGUCUGGCUUUAACAUCGAUGCCCCCCGUUGGGACCAGCGCACCUUCCUGGGGAGAGUGAAGCACUUCCUAAACAUCACGGACCCCCGCACUGUCUUUGUAUCUGAGCGGGAGCUGGACUGGGCCAAGUUGAUGGUGGAGAAGAGCAGGAUGGGGGUUGUGCCCCCAGGCACCCAAGUGGAGCAGCUGCUGUAUGCCAAGAAGCUGUAUGACUCGGCCUUCCACCCCGACACUGGGGAGAAGAUGAACGUCAUCGGGCGCAUGUCUUUCCAGCUCCCUGGCGGCAUGAUCAUCACGGGCUUCAUGCUCCAGUUCUACAGGACGAUGCCGGCGGUGAUCUUCUGGCAGUGGGUGAACCAGUCCUUCAAUGCCUUAGUCAACUACACCAACAGGAAUGCGGCCUCCCCCACAUCGGUCAGGCAGAUGGCCCUUUCCUACUUCACAGCCACAACCACUGCUGUGGCCACGGCUGUGGGCAUGAACAUGUUGACAAAGAAAGCGCCGCCCUUGGUGGGCCGCUGGGUGCCUUUUGCUGCUGUGGCUGCGGCUAACUGUGUGAAUAUCCCCAUGAUGCGACAGCAGGAGCUCAUCCAGGGAAUCUGCGUGAAGGACAGGAAUGAAAAUGAGAUUGGUCAUUCCCGGAGAGCUGCGGCCAUAGGCAUCACCCAAGUAGUUAUUUCUCGGAUCACCAUGUCAGCUCCUGGGAUGAUCUUGCUGCCAGUCAUCAUGGAAAGGCUUGAGAAAUUGCGCUUCAUGCAGAAUGUCAAGGUCCUGCACGCCCCAUUGCAGGUCAUGCUGAGCGGGUGCUUCCUCAUCUUCAUGGUGCCAGUGGCGUGUGGGCUCUUCCCACAGAAAUGUGAAUUGCCAGUUUCCUAUCUGGAACCGGAGCUCCAAGACACCAUCAAGGCCAAGUAUGGCGAACUUGAGCCUUAUGUCUACUUCAAUAAGGGCCUCUAAAUGCCCCACUUCAGCAAGGACCAGUCUAUUCCCAUAUUCACCAGCUCCUCCUUAGCUACGUGCACACUUGUGUCCUCCUUCCUCUUUGCCAACAAGGCCUGAAGGCCAGGGUAGAGUUGGCGGGGGGACAAUGAAUGCCUCAUACUUACACCCUGGUACUGGUUGAUUGGACCUCAGGGGAAAAAAGUGAAAAAGGGUAGCAAAGGCCAAUGUCUUCUAGCUGCUUCCUCAACCCCUGUCCCCUAGAGACCAGAAGCUGAGGCCCUCUCAGGGAGGAGACACCAAGCAAAUCAUUUGGAAAAGUUAGGAAACCUUUAGGAUUCUGGUUCCAGCCAGGAUUGAGGAAAAGACCUUGGAUCAAAAGGAAGCAUCUAUACCUCUUUCUUCUUUGCUUCCUCCUCCUCUCCUGAUCAAUGGAAUCUUUUACCCAUGUAAUUCUAGCCGAACUCAGGAAAAAGAAGGGGGAAAGGACUCUGUCCCCUUGGGGCUUAUCUCCACCCUUCCACAUCCUCCUCCUGGUUGCCCCCUGGUCAGGCAGCUUCUUUUUUUUUCCAAGAUGGAGUCUUGCUCUGUCGCCCAGGCUGGAAUGCAGUGGCACGAUCUCGGUUCACUGCAACCUCUGCCUCCUGGAUUCAAGCGAUUCUCCUGCCUCAGCCUCUCAAGUAGCUGGGAUUACAGGGCACCUGCCACCACGCCUGGCUAAUUUUUAUAUUUUAGUAGAGACGGGGUUUCACCAUGCUGGCCAGACUGGUCUCGAACUCCUGACCUCAGGUGAUCCGCCUGCCUCAGCCUCCAAAAGUGCUGGGAUUACAGGCAUGAGCCACCGCACCCAGCCCGGACAGCUUCUUUGGGAGUGCUGCUAACCUUGAAAUUAUCAGACACUUAGGAGUUCUUAGUGCUAAAAAGGGGAUCGUGCAAGGCAGCAGAGUUACAUGGUUCUUCAAAUCAUGUCUGAAUCUAUUCUUGGAAUCUUCUCUAUAAUAAGGGAAGUUCUCUUUCCCCACUGCCACAUAUCUCUGUUUUAAAAGAUAAGUCCACUAACUGUGAGUAAAAAUGAUAUAUGUAGGCAUUAACCACACACUUUAAUGGGUAUAAUUUCCUGGCUGCCUCCCUUCCUCAGCCCAUUAGGUUAAACACCAAAGAAAGACUGGUGUGUACUGAAUAGGAAAGGGAAGUUUUAUUUGGAACCUUCUAAGAGGAAACCAACCAGGACCAAAGAACCUUAAAGGACACACAGCAAAACACAGCCACUUCCCUUCCCCAGCUUGGCUGCCCUAGGUGAUUUCUCAGGCUCCUUGGACUGUUGUUUCUCAUCUGGAAUCAAUGUGUGUAUGAGUUUUGUCUGGUAGGAUUGCUGACUCUGUCCAACAGAUAUCACUGUGAAUUGAAUAAAUUUGUUGAAAGAGCACACAGGCACACACAUACACA